UAUUUUGCUAGAUUAAAUUAAAUGAAAAUCGAUGGUUUUAAGAAAAAUUUGUUACGUAAUCAAUAUUACGUUUGCAUUUCUCCAGCUUGAUAAUGAAGCGAUUUUUGAUUUCGAAUCAUGUUGUUGCUAAGAAUGCCGAACAGGAGGAGGAAUCGCAGAAACAGAAUGAGAAAAGAAAAGCUAAAAUGCGCAAAUAUGAUGACAGCUAUCUCGAGUUUGGAUUUACGUAUAAGGUGGUAAAUAGUGAAGAUUAUCCACAAUGUGUAGUGUGCCUUAAGAUUAUUUCGGUGGAAUCUAUGCUUCCCAGCAAGCUUAAGCGGCAUUUGGAAACCCAACACCCGAACUUGGCAAAAAAGGACAGGGAUUUUUUUCAACGGAAAUUGGGUGAAAACAAGCAGCAGCAUGUUUCUUUUUCACGACAAACGCACAUCAACAGCAACGCGUUGCUGGCAUCAUAUAAAGUGGCCUAUCGUGUGGCGCAGUGUAAAAAAUCGCAUACCAUCGCAGAAGAAUUGAUCUUGCCAGCCGCCGUGGAUCUGGUUUCGACUAUGAUUGGAGAGCAUGCAAGUCAACAGCUGUCGAAAGUGCCCCUUUCCAACAAUACCAUUGCACGUAGGAUUGACGACAUGGCCAACGACAUCAACUGUCAGCUCGUUGAUUUUUUGAAAAACCGAGAGUACGCAUUGCAGUUGGAUGAAGCUACGGAUAAUAUUGCGGAGAUUCCACCUGUUUAGACUACUGCGCGAAAAUUAGUUGCGUGGAUUUUUCUUGCGUGGGCCCACAGAUAUAAAACCAGACCGCGUCCUGGUGAAUAUUUUACGCUGUGUUGUUGGGUACACAUUUAGUGAUAGUUUUGCAUUGUAAACAAACAUUUAUAACGCACCUACGCUGAAAAUAAGGCUUAUCAUUUAUUUGCGUCGGAAUCUAUAA